AUAUUUAUAGAAAACCCACUGACGUAUAAAUUUUGAUUUUUUUCUGAGACAAAUUUUUUGAUGAUGAACAAAAAGCUUUCGCCGGAGGAUGCAUUUUACGAAAAUUUGACCUUAGGCCUUAUAAGGACCCUCUCCAAUGUGCCAAGAGUAUGUAAUGUGACAUUGGAGCGACGACAACCACUGAAUUCCUGCCAGGUGGUCAAUUGGGAACAAAGACACUGUGUUUACCUCCCUGAAGAUAUGAAGAAGUUUUACAUAUCCUCGGACGGAUUCAUCCUGAACUGGAGUUACCAGUAUGCUCCUAACGAUAUUCGUCGUGUGGGUCACAUUCACUUUCCUCAUCUGCUGCAGGUGACUCUUCUACGAGAGAACAUCGAAACUACUGCUAGCCAUUCCGCCAAUUCAACGGCUUUGCCCAAUAGCAACUCGGAUGUUUUGGGUGCAUCAAGCAGCUCACAAUCCAUUCCACCUCCGGUUUCAUCCGGCAAGGACAAGUGGGGCAACGCCACGCCCAUUAUAACGGCUAAAUCAAAAAUUUUCGAGAUCAACAAUGUUAAUGAAGUGGCCAAGGUAUGCAUGCUGUACGAGUCCACAAGUUCCAACAAUCCAAAGUUUUAUCUGCUAGAGCUGAGCACUUUGAGCUGGCAGUUUUUGGCAGACACUUUCAGUGAAUACCUCCGAAUGGCCAUCGCCCAUUUGGGACUGCCGUACUGGGAGCUGUGCUUCUCCACCUGUGGCCUGCCCUCUUGGACAGAGCAGCUGUUUCUGCUCCUGGCCCCGCAUCUUCUUGAGGAACAUGAGCCAAGACGAGGGCGAGUACUAAAUCCCGCUUGCGAGCAUCCGUACAACAUCAUCGAUCCAAACAUUUUUAGGGGCAAACCAAAAAGCGUAGCAAAGGCCACGGCCAGCAGCACCAAGCAAAAUCAUAAUAAGUGACUUUCAGU